AUGAAUAAUUCUCUUGCUGUCGUUCCUGCCUCAUUGGUGGCUGGAAACAAAUUUAUCAAAUGGGAUGAUGACUCACUGUCCGUACAAGCUGUCAACAUGUUUGUUGAUCAGAAUGGUUUAUUGUUAUAUUGGAUCGAUCAAAAGAGAGAAAUGGACUGCAUCGAGUUGUCUCUCAUCACAGAUGCCCGAACUGGAAAGUUUGCGAGACUUCCCAAAGAUGUGAAGAUGAGAGAGAGUUUGAAGGUAGGCACUCAGGAGAGCAACAUGGAGGAUAAGAUGCUCACCAUCACAUAUGGAUCUGACAUCUCUUCAAUCUCGUUUCUCAACUUCGCCUGCUUGUCGAAAGAUAUUGCUAAGAGUUUGACUUUUGCAAGGAGUGAAUUCGGAAAGAAAUAUAUCAUGCACGAUUUAAAUAUUUAUAAGACCAUUUACGUUGUCACUGUAGACAAAGAAUGGGCAUCAGAAAUAUUCAGAUGUUGCCACAGCAGUAAGUCACCCCUACUGGCCAGUCCACUGCUCCAACUGAAGAAGUGCCACAUCCGGUUGAUCACCUCCCCGGAUCCCGAUGGCAAUAUACCCAUCAAGAACAUUCUGAAGAUAUUGGCACAGAGCAAAGAAGAUAAAAAAAGAGUAUUAAAUUCAUUGGAGGCAUCCAGACUGCUCACUGAACAGUCGGACGUUCUGACCUCGCUCACGUGGGAUGAGUUCAUGUUGUUUUACCAAAACCUCUGCUUCAGGAUGAAUGUCGUUGACUUGUUCACAGACAUCAACUCAUCUGAGGUUCCAAAAGACAACACAACAUCUGAUAUCAUGAACGACAACAUCAACAGCGACAACAACAACAACAUUAAUGACGUCAACAGCAUCUCAUCACAUGACCUGAUGACCUUCAUAAACAGACACCAGAUGGGAGGUCAUGUAAAGGAACUCCUCCAGCCUCACUGCACACUUGAUCGUGUUCAGUGUCUGGUCAGCAAGUACGAGCCCGAUCAAAACCUCGCCAAAUUAGGCAGGUUGUCUUGCGAAGGUUUCUUGAGGUACCUCUUGAGUUCUGACAACAACAUCGUAUCCAAUGUACAUGCAUCCAUCAAUCAUGAUAUGAACCAACCGCUCUCACAUUACUACAUCAGCUCUUCCCACAACACCUACCUCACAGGUCACCAACUAACCAGUCGUUCGUCAGUUGAGAUGUACAGACAAGUCUUGCUGUCAGGCUGUCGAUGUGUCGAGUUGGAUUGUUGGGACGGUCGUGGAGUUGAUGAUGAACCAGUCAUCACGCACGGAUUCACAAUGUGCACAGAAGUUCUCCUGAAGGACGUUCUUGAGGCCAUAAUGGAGGUAGCAUUCAAAACUUGUGACUACCCUGUGCUCCUAUCAUUUGAGAAUCAUUGCUCGCCCAAGCAGCAGGCCAAGAUGGCCCAACACUGCAGGACCAUAUUUGGCGAUUGCCUCAUUCAAGAGCCCCUGCCAAACAAUCCUUUGGAACCUUCCGUACCACUGCCGUCCCCUGAGGCACUGAAGAGGAAGAUCCUCAUAAAGAACAAGAAGAGACACUCGAACAGGAGUUCCAAGAAAUCUCAUUCUGAUGGUUUACUGCAGCAGCAACAGCAGCAACAACAACAGCAACAGCAGGAUUUGGUGCAAAAGCUGGUUGAACCACAUUUAUCAUCGGAGAGACCACUUCUGCUGAGGCAUCACCCACCAAUCCAGCAUCGACAGUCUCAGCCACAGCUUCCACAACAAUCAAAACUGCAUCAACUACAACAGCAACUAUCUCAUCAUCAGUUCACGCUGCAGCACCAGCAAGAAACAUCUCCAACAAUACCGUUUGCAAAUCAGUCGAAUUCAUCAGCUGAACUGCUAACACCACUUUCACCAGCAGCAUCAUCAUCAUUUUUGUUAUCAUCAUCAACAACAACAACUACCACAACCGCUAAGACCACUGUGACGACACCUACAACGUCCACAAUAACAUCCGCAAGCUUUACCACUAUUAAUUCAACGGCAGCAUUUGCAACAAAUCCUCUUAAAUUAUCAUCUCCAACCUCCUCAUCGUCGUCGCCUUCAUCAUCAUCAGCGUCAUCACUGCAAGCCACAACGACGGCAGUAAUGACGGUGGCUACAUCGUCGACAGUGAAUGUCUUAUCGCUGUCCCACCAGCCAUCUCCGUCAACAUCAUCAAUGGCUUCCUCAUACAGAGAUGAUUCGGAAAGUGAGGAGGAGGAUGAGGAGGAGGAGGAUGAAGAUGGUGUGGUGGCCGGUGUCGAUGCACACUUGAAGCUCCCCGACAGAGUCAUCUCAAAUAUGCAGUCAGUCAAGGCUGAGAAGGGGACAGCAGGUGAGGAGGUUUCGGCAUCGACAGAGAUGAGUGACCUGGUCAUCUACCUCCAACCAAUCAGAUUCAUUUCAUUUGAUACCUGCAAACAAAGGAUGAGAAGUUAUGAAUGCACAUCAUUUGUUGAAUCACAAGCACUCGUACUGUUGAAGGCCUUCCCUAUUGAGUUUGCUCAUCGGAUAUAUCCAAGAGGUACCCGAGUCGACUCUAGUAAUUACAUUCCUCUGAUCUUCUGGAAUGUUGGUUGUCAGCUGGUUGCAUUGAACUUCCAGACAUUAGACCUGCCGAUGCAGUUGAACCUGGGAGCUUUUGAUUACAACGGUCAUUGUGGCUACCUUCUGAAACCUGACGUCAUGAGAAUAAAGGAAAGGUCAUUCGAUUCAUUUGCUGACGGCAUCGUUGACGGCAUCGUCCCCAUGUCCAUGGCCAUCACAAUAAAAUCAGGACAGUUUCUAUCUGACAAGCGCAUUAGCACUUUUGUAACUUGCGAUCUAUUUGGCAUUCCUGCUGACACGGUGAGGUCAAAGUUCAGAACCAGGGUUGUCAGUCUCAAUGCUAUCAAUCCCGUCUACAACGAAAGACCGUUUGCAUUCGAGCAGAUAAUUAUGCCCCACGUAGCCUACCUACGACUUGCAGUGUACCACGAGAACGGGACCACCCUAUUAGGGCAGAGGGUUUUGCCUGUCACCGCCAUCAAAUCAGGAUACAAACACAUAAGUUUGUUUAACGAGAGAGGGCAGCCACAAGGGCUGGCCACACUUUUCGUGUACGUGGCCAUCUAUGAUUAUGUACCUCAGUCACAUGCCGCAAUAGCAGAAGCCCUCAUGAACCCGAUAGCCUACCUGAGUCACCUCUCUGAGAUGUCAGAGAUGAUGGAGAGGCACAACAAUCAGUUGGCGGUCCUUGAGGAGGACUUCGGUGAACUUCAUCAGCAGCAAGCCUCCACGAAUUCACAACAGGCGGACAACGUGGAUGCAUUUUUCAAUCCAACAAUGAGUAGACAGUCAAUAUCAGCGUCAACGGCAUCUAUGUUCUUCCAGACGUCACUAACUGCAUCAUCUUCAUCGGCCAGCUCCUCCUCCACUCUCCAGCGAAUCAAGUAUAACAACAGCUGGACGAAGACGAAGAAAUCAAACGCGAUGGACAGAGCUUCAGACCUCGUCCUCACGUCAUCAGGACAGCAGGAAAUUCGAGCCAUCAGAUCGAAUCUCAAGCUCUUCUCAUCUGAAACGAACCUCAGCAUUAUUCCCGAUGAUUAUUGUGCCACCAACUCACAGACAUCCAAAAAAAUUCCAACAGAACCGUUAGGCAAAAUAUUAGUUGACAACCAGCCCGUUUGCUUGUCGUCACUGAAGCAGAACAAGCAACAUCAGAAGGUCCUCAACAAACUCAACAAAGAACUCACCUCGCUCAAGAAGAAACAUGAUAGGGAACUAAGCAACAAGUUCGCACGACACCAACAUGAGAUCAAUCGACUAACCAAAGAAAUGAAAGCCAAAGAACUUCAGCGUGACGCCUCGUGCGUGCAGUCUUUGUUGGUCCAAAUUGCAGAGGCGAAGAAGCGCCAAUCGGCCGAGUUGUUGCAGAUGUGUUACGAGCAGGACAAAGCAGAGUUGAAGGCCAGGUUGGCCUGGCAGCAGAGAAUGUACAACAGCUUGCAUCGGGUCAUUGAGAUCAGUCGUGAGUGUCAGCUCGCCGAUCUGGACAAGAAGAAUGUCAAGGUGGUUUGUUCCUUGAAGAAGAAACAUCAUGUUCAUAUUUGGGAAGAGAUAAAGUCUCUUAAGGACAAGUAUCGAGAUAAGGAGGAACUGUCCAGAGUGAGAAAAGCAUCAGUACAAAGAAAUAUUAACUCUGCCGUGAAGGAAAGACAAGAGAUGUUGUUUCUUUACGAGACUCAAAAGAGAUUGAUUGACUCGACUCAUGACAACAUCCUUGCUGAACUGACCAAUGACAAGUUGAAGACGGAAGAAGAGUUGAAUCGAUCAUUCAACAAAAAGUAUAGGAGCAGACUGUCCAGUUCGUCGUCGUCGUCGUCCCUAGCUUCAUCUUCUUCGUCGUCGUCGCCGUCAUCAUCGUCGUCGAUAUUAUCACUGAGACACAAGCACUCGGAUGCCUUCAUCGUCAUGGACACUAUCCCGGAUGAGGAAGCCGUCGUGGAAGAUGUGCUGGAGGAGACGCAUGUUUGAUCCUGAUGGUUGUGAUGAUGAGGAUGAUGAGGACGAUGACGAUGAGAAUGGCGAUGAGUUGUUGAUAAUGAUGAUGGUGACGACGACGAUGAUGAUGAUGAGUUGUUGAUGGCGAUGAUGAUGGUGGUGGUUGUGAUGUUGAUGUAAGUGGCAAUGAUAAUCUGACAAUGAAUGAUGUUGAUACAGAUGAAAAAGAUGCAUCUAGUUUUGAUUGAUUAUAUGAUGAAGCAAUCAGUUUUAAAAAUUAAUGUCAAACGUUGUUCAUCCAGCAACCAUGUUCUUCUAUGUGCAAUGAGUGUCAACAACUUUCAAAACAUUAUAUUUUUCAUGUGCGUGUACAUAUGUAUAGUGUGCGCGCGUGUGCGUGCGCGCGUGUGUGUGUUUAACUUUAUUGUUAUGUUUGUUUUAAUUUACAUACAUCUUAUACUGUAUGCAGUAUAGGAAUGCACUGUUAGUUGUAACUAUAAAAAUGUCAAUUACCGUUUUGCAUAUCUUAAAUAAAUUUCUGUUGUAUUUC